AUGCCGCUUUCCGCACUCUCGGCGCUUCGCCGGCUCUGGCAACCACCGCGGACCGGAUCACCACUCUUGACCCUGGGAACCACCUUCUCUACCGUUGCCUUCAUUCUCCCAACACCGAAACACGACGAAGCACAAAGCCAGCAACGCGACAAGAUGGAAGUCGAAUCAUCACUCCCCUCGGUUCCCUCCGACCGCGAAGCCGUAUACACAGCAUUGACGCAGUUCGACGAGUCGGAUCCAGAGUUUCAAGGAGGCAUACAGACCAUCAUCGGACCCAUGCAAUCGUCCGGUGUAGCACCAGAGCAGAUCGAGGAAACAAAAAAGCGAGCUAAGGUGUUCUUCUGGUCUCAGAAGACUGGCAAUCAGGUCGACUAUGCCGAUUAUAGCGAGUGGCUAAAGUCGAACCCUGCGAAUUCGGCCGCCGAAAAGGCGGGCGAUUCCGAUGCAGUGAUGGCAUCGACAUCGGCACCGGACAAGGCUGAAGGCGGAAAGGAACAGGACAAGGAGCCGUAUCCAGCGUCUUUCGAUGCGAUCGUUGAGCUCAUCACGACGGGCAAGACGGAUCAGAUCCCGGGCAUCCGCGACAUUCCACUCAAGAUCAACGAAGAACCUCCGACACAAGCUACUAUGAGUAGACCAUUGAAGCCGUGGGAGAAGGCCGGUACCUCCGCGAGCGAUGCACCAUCACAGGUCAUGCCACAAACAGCAGCCGCAGCGACAGAGACGCCCGUAUCACACAUGGAAACCGGUCAUCAAUCCUAG